AUUCGCAGUCAUUUAAAACACUCAUUUCCGGUAUACAUCAUAUUUGCACUGAAUCCUUAACCAAAGCAAAAAAAACGUCAUGCAGCAACAAGGAGACGAAAAAGAUAACUUAACAAGAAUUGGAUCUGCUGUAUUAGAAGAAGUGCAGGAUGCAGUGCGAACAGUGGUUGAUGCCAAUAUUCGAAAUUCGCUAGAAGAUAUAUUUAACAAACAACAACAUAAGAUUUAUCACUAUUUUUCAAAAGAAUGCUGUUCUAAAUGUGCCAAACAUAGCCCACUUUAUAGAAAUAGAACUAUUCUUACAAGAGCACAAAUGGAAAUUGUGUAUACCAAAUCCACAAUACAUCCACAACAGAAACUAAGUUUUUGCUGCUCGACUGCCCUUCCUGGAAUUGAAUUAAAGAAAUUCGACUUAUCGUUUUUAAACGCGUUUUUAAAUAUGUUUCCUGAGUUUAUUUAUUGGCCAAGUUGCCUUUCAAAUCAGAACAAGUCUUUUGAAGAUUUAUUGAAUGAUAAUAAGCAUAAUCUGUAUCAUUUAUUUGACAAAAACUCUUGCUGUUACUGUCCACCAGGACAGCAACUGAGUACCGAUGAUUUUAAAAUCUCCAAACAACAGUUUGAGAGUUUAUUUGAUAAGCAAGGAUCAGUUUCUUGUAUAAACAUGGGCUCCCCUGGUCAUUGCAUUUGUCUUUUUUCGGCGAAAAUCUUAAAUAAGGAAUCACUAGAUGAUUGGUUGACAUAUACGAUUCUCCGAAUCUGUUGUCCUUUGAAACAAAGCAUAGAGGCAUUGGUGGAAGUCCGGAAUAAAGUUCGUGGACAUGCUUGUCAUAGCAAAUUGUCAAACGAGGAUUUCAAGAACAAUUGGUGCAUCAUUGAGGAGAAGAUUCCAGAAUUGUUAAAUCAUGGUAUAGUUGACAAAAAGAUGAAGGAAAAGGCUAAUCAUGAAUUUACCCAAAGAUUGAAGGACCUGAAAAUCAAACCACUUACUGAGGAAUCAUACAGACAAGUAAUUACAGCUUUGCUUCAACAGAAUGAGAUUAUACAUGAUAUAAAAGAGCUGUCAGAAAACGUGCGAAAUCUUCAGUCAGUCGCAGAAAAUACACACGCUGGGGUUUUGAACCUUCACACAGUCGCAGAAAACACACACGCUGGGAUUUCGAACCUCCAGUCGGUCGCAGAAAAUACACAAGCUGGGGUUUUGAAUUUUCAGUCUGUCGCAGAAAAUACACAAACUGGAGUUUUAAAUCUUCAGUCAGUUGCACAAAUCAUACAAGUUGGGGUUUCGAACCUUCAAUCAUUGCCAGGUCGUGUGGAUGGAAUAGAAAAAAACUUGACUGAACUCUUAAUACGUGAACGAAAUACAAAUUCGGAUGUAGUUACUGAUGCAGUACCAUUAUCGCCGGAAGACGAACCCGGGAGUCAAGGUGGAACUACAAAUUCAGACUUAACUUCUGAUGCAGAGCCGUAUUUGCCAGAAGCCGAACCCCGGAGUCAAGGUGCAGAAGCUGCCGAUAGAAGAGAUGAAAGGUCAGUUGAUAGUGAAGAACAAACUUAUCUUAAAACUGGUGCUACAGGAGCUGAACAGACAUUUAGACCAGAUGGAUAUGCAUACGAUACCUUAGUUCUGCAUUCAGAACAUGAUGAAGAACAUGUUGAUGAUAUGAUAAAAAUGAUAAAAGACAAAGUAGCUCUGCCUGAUGUAAAGAUUGCCACUGUUGGAGAAGAUAUACCCCCUGGAGCAAAUUUAUUUGAUGCAUUUCAUAACCUGAUGGACGCUAGUUGCUCGUUAUUGCUUUUUAUCACUCCUCAUUUUCGCACUGACUGCUGGAGCAAAUAUAGAUUGCAAACCCAAUUAGCCCAUAAAAUGGAAGACGGACCAUGCGUUAUCCCUGUUCAGUUUGGGGAGGAGAAAAUAACAAAGGAACAACUGAGGGACGUCGGACAUCUCCAGUCAAUUAUCUUUUUUAAAGAAGAAGAUGGUGAUAAAUAUAAAUCGUUUAUUCGAAAAAUUACUUGCGCAAUACAACAAUAUAGAACGAAAGGAAAUAAGAAAGAGUGAAUAAAGUAAAGAAAUCAAGAAGAUAUGACCCGUCUAUUACAUCCUGUAAAUUUUUCAAAGAAAUACAAGAACUAGCACUUAAAGAAACUUCACCAAAAAUAGCGGCUUCUUGGUUUUAGUCAUCUUCGCUAGCCAAGGGUUACGAUCCACUCACGCUCUCUUGCACGUGAUCAUGUUAUAGGCGCAUUUUGAUUGGAUGCAGCGAGUUUUGACUGCAACCAAUAAAAAUCCUUACCUUGUGUCUCCGAAAUUUUAUCUCAAUCCGCCAAGGGUGAAGAGAGCGGGAGUGGAUCGAAACCCUUGGCUAGCGAAGAUGGGUUUUAGUGGGAACCUGCACAUUAUACCAACUUCACAUAUAUUUGUUUAGCACUUUAAAUUCGUAGUUUACCUUUUCACCAAAAAAAUGCAUGAAAAUAAGGACAACCAAAUAAUAAUGUAUCGAUAUUAAUAUGUUGACUUUUUGUCGUGGAACUGGAGAAAGUGAUCUGCAAAGUGAAACGUUGACCAUUUUUGAAGCCUUUAGUAAACACCAGUACAUCAGAGUUUUCACCCAGUUUUAUUAGGGGAUCGUGUUGCCCUAUUUCAGGUUUCUAUUUGUUUUAUUGACAAUUUCCAAACGUUCCUUGGUUCCUCGAGCUUGCAAAAUUAAAAAAAAAAGUCGCACGGAAGCGGGACAUGGUGAUCCUCCAUCAUGUCGUCGUUAUCGUUAACAUUAAGAUUAAGUUUGUCGUGAAAGGCUUUUAUAGACACCAAUAACGUUGUCAAACGUUCAUGGAAUUUUAUGAAAUUAGGACAUAAACUUUCUAAUGAGAAAGAAUCACUAUAUAUAGCGCAACAUUUAAAAAUAAAAAAAUUUCAUUUUCACAUAGUUUACUGAUUAGUGGGCAUAAUUUGUUUACAGUUAAAAUUUACAAACGGUAUAAGUUUAAUGUUUUUCAGUCAACAAUCGCUUUUUCAAACGUUUUUUAUUUUGACAUAAUAGGCUAUUAUGACUUAAAAUUGUUGAACAAAUCAAAGCGGUAAAAUACUGUUACUUUAAUUAUUCAUCCCUAUGCUUAUUAUAUUGAUUUUGUAUUUACAUAGUAUCAUAUAUCAAUUUUUGUCGAGUCAGAGACUGUUGUCGCAGAAAGCUCGACAUAAGAAUAGUGAUCCGGCGGCUACAGCGGCGUUGGCUAACUUCUUAAAAGCUUGUUAUUUUAGAAGGUAGAAGACCUGGAUGCUUUAUACUUUAUAUAUAAAACGCCCGAAGUUUCUGUCAGUCACAUGUUCAAUCUCCUUGACCUCAUUUUCAUGGUUCAGUGACAACUUGAAAAAAAAUGUAAGAUUUUUUGUUAUGUUAAAUUCUCUCUUAUUAUAAGUGAUAGGAUAACUAUAUUUGGUAUGUGUGUACCUUGCAAGAUCCUUUUGCCCGUCAGACAGUUUUCACUUGACCAUCGACCUCAUUUCACGGAUCAGUGAACAAGGUUAAGUUUUGGUUGUCAAGUCCAUAUCUCAGAUACUAUAAGCAAUAGGUCUAGUAUAUUCGGUGUAUGGAAGGACUGUAAAGUGUACAUGUCUAACUGGCAGGUGUCUUCUGACCUUGACGUCAUUUUCAUAGCUCAGUGGUCAAAGUUAAGUUUUUGAGUUUUGGUCUUUUUGCUAGUACUAUAUGCAAUAGGUCUACUAUAUUUUGUGUAUGGAAAUAUUUUAGGAUGUAUAUGUCAGUCGCGCAGGUUUUAUUUGACCUUAACCUCAUUUUACGGUUCAUUGCUUGGUGUUAAGAUUUUGUGUUUUGGUCUGUUUUUCUUAAACUAUAAGCAAUAUGUCAAUUAUAUUUGUUGUAUGAUAGAAAUUGUAAAAUGUACACGUCUGCCUGGCAUGGUUCAUAUAACCUUGUUCUCAUCUUCAUGGUUCAUUGGUCAACGUUUAGUUUCUUGGUUAAUGUUAAGCUUAUGUGGCAGUUGUAAUAAAGCUUCAUAUUUAAGACUAUCUGGUAUUAGUUCAGUGUAUGUCCACUUGUGUUAGUAUGUCUUUUGAUUGAGUUAAGCCAUUUAUAGUGUUUCUUUCUGUGUUGCACUAUUGUUUCAGAUAAGGUUUGGUGCCAUUAAAACGUUUGUACCCGCUUCAAUAAUUUGCAUUUGUCCUAAGUCAGGAAUCUGACGUUCAGUAGUUGUCGUACGUUGUUGAUGUGGAUGAUAAGAGGUUCUUUUUUUAAAAGAUUAGACCGUUGGUUUUCCUGUUUAAAUGGUUUAACACAAGUGGUUUUUGUGGCCCUUUAUAAAUUGCUGUUUUAAAAAUCGGGCAGCAGGUAAUCUGCAAAAUCGAAUAAAAGCAUCUGAACAAAAGAGUUGA